UCCUCGCGCAUUCUCCUCUUUUUGCCCUGCUCGCUCGCCUGGAGAACCUCUCAACCCCGGAACCUAGUCCAAAGACCCUUGGCAAACAAGAUAUCACACAGGAUGCAGGCCAACAAAGGGGCCAGGCUUGGAAACCAGCUCACUGACAUUCAACACGCGCUAGAUGACGAAAAGUUUACAGCCAAGACGCCCCAAUCAGAAAUAGGCCACAAUGACGACUUUGCGCCCGGAAUUGAAGACAUUGUUCGACAAGAGGAUCAUCAUUCUCAGGCCCCUGUCAAUAAAGAAUCAACUCGGUCGAAUCAAACAUCUGCAUCUUUCGGAACUGGGACUGGGGAAAACGACACAGAGUCUAGCGGCGGCUCCUCUACAAGGGACUAUUCAUCAAGCCAUUCCAGCUCCAACCACAGAGACGACGUGAAGGAUGAGGACAAAUACGAACCCGGCGGGAAAGCUGAACUAAGGCACCUUUAUGACACGAAGGAGAAAAACGUGGCCGGAGAAACGAUCUACUCGACCAAAGUUCCGAUUGCCAGUGGUGUUCAGCACAGGCUUGACAGGGCGCUUGGUGGAAGGGACGAGGCCAGGGACUUUGCUAUCCUCCACUAUCACAAUGCCACCCUCCAGACAGACCGUAUUGUUGUUCAGAGUCCCGAGCUGAAGAACUGUCUCGCAGAUAUAUUCUCUGGAUGCGCCAAUAUUGAUGCGGCAGCCCCGACUAUUGAGCUUCGGCCCCCCUUCAUGGGCCUGGUGCAACGUUGGGAUCGCUUACUCCUGGCAGAAAAGACCGCAGACAACGAAAAGUCAAAGGGGCUCCUCCAGCUCCUACGGAAAACCCUAGAAACGGAGCUGCAUAGUUCUUUUCAAGCCUUUCAGGAGUUCCGAAAGACUCGCUACACCACCUUUCCCAACAUUCUGAUGGCAUUCGUGCCUGGCGAGAUCGUACUGAGAUCUAAGGAUGGUGUGCUUUCAGCCGGCAUCCUGCAGCAUGCGUCCAUCGACAAAGAGUUUAUGGGAGUUCUCGUAUGCGUACUCCGAGUCCAGGUGUUGGAUUGGAAUGGGACGAGACUUGGGUACAGAGAAAAGACUUGGAAGAUUGAGAGCUUUCAGGGAUUCCGCAAGGCGACGGAUCUUGAUGCUUUCCCUCUCGCGGCUCAUCCAGAUCAAGAGAAAAUCAAACAGCGUUUGACUGCCAGAGGAAGGACCUUUGAAGGUUUAUGCGGCCAGCACAUCAAAAACUACAAUGGGUUGGUGCAUUUAGAGUCCGGUUGGGAACCAGAGACAAUAUUUAUAUCGGAGCGCAUAAUCGUCGACGCCAAUGCCUUUUACAGGUUCCAGCACCAUUCAGUUCCGAACCUAACAGAACUUGAAAGUGAGAAGGGGGGACAGGAGACGGAUUCCCCUGAUGCCCCUAGUGGCAGUCACACGAGGAGUCAACAGCAAACCGCCCUGACUGAAAAGCAGUGUAUGUUGGCGGUACCACGCGUCAAGGGGUUUGCCCUCAGUAUGAAGAAGUGGUUCGAAUUUUCCGUCAGUGACAUCACUCCUAUCACCUGGAAUGAGAAGCUGCUGGGCAACCUCGUCAUCCCGGAUGAAGAGAAACAACUACUUCUAGCCCUGGUUGCACAUACUGCGAAAGAGGAGGAUGGAGGUUUUGAUGAUUUUAUAGAAGGAAAAGGAAAGGGAUUGAUCUUACUUCUUGCUGGACCGCCAGGAGUGGGCAAGACUUUGACCGCCGAAUCAAUAGCCGAAGAGCUCAAGAGGCCCCUAUACAGGGUUGGGGCUGGCGACCUGGGCCUUUCAGACGAUGAUGUCGAAUCUUCUCUGAAAGAAGCUUUCCAUCAAUGUUCGCACUGGAAUGCGGUGCUACUCAUUGAUGAGGCUGAUGUGUUUCUGGAGAAGCGAUCUAGCGAUAGGCUUGCUCAAAAUGAGCUGGUAUCAGUAUUCUUGACCUCGUUGGAGUAUUACCAAGGCGUUCUCAUCCUCACCACUAACAGAACUGAGGAGAUUGAUCCAGCUUUCGAGUCUCGUAUCGAUAUUAUACUGACUUACGAUCACCUGAGCCAAGAUGCCCGAAGGCAGAUCUGGUCCAACUUCAUCAACCGCCUACCUCCAGACUCUGUUGAUCUUGGUAACGCGGACUUGGACAACCUCUCGCGGUGGGAUAUCAACGGGAGGCAGAUAAAAAGCGCCAUCAAGACUGCACGGAUCAUGGCAGCUAAUGAAGGUGCACCCCUUGGUGUGCGCCAUCUGGACAUUGUGCUCAAUAUUCGAAGAAGAGGUUCCAAGGUUCUUGGUACGCAGGGCUAA